UAGAUUCUCGCCCGUCACCAUGAGCUCCCAUCAGUACUACAACGGCCCUCCUCCUCCGCCCCAGGCGUACCCUCCCCAGGGCUACCCACCUCCGCAGGGUGGCUACCCUCCCCAGGGAUACCCCCAGCAGCCCUACCCGAUGCAAUACCAGCAGCAGCCUCCCCCGCAGCAGAAGGACCGCGGAUGCCUCGGCGCUUGUCUGGCCACCCUCUGCUGUUGCUUCCUGUGUGAGGAAUCCUGCGAGUGCUGUUUCGAGUGCAUCGAGUGCUGUGAAAUGUGCUAGGCUGCGAUCGAUACCGGGCGCUGCCUUGCCCGCCGCGAGGGCCGCGACAUAAGCCCAGC